AUGUGUGAUCUUGAUCAGGCAUGCUACAUUUUUUUGAAAAGAUUAAAAUAUUUAGACAACAGACAAUACUGCAAAAAUCCAUCAAAAGCUCAUGCUCAUCCUAAAUUUUCUAUAGGAGUUAGGGAAAUACAUAGAAAAAUUUUAUAUUCUAAUAUAAAAAUAAUUUUUAUAGCAAAUGAUAUUAAUAAGGAUGAGUUAUUAGAAAAAAUUCACAUAAAUUUUAAUUUAGAAGAAAUAUGUAAAAAUAAAGGAAUUCCAUUUAUAAGUUGUUUGUCAAAAAAAAUAUUAGCAAAAAUAUUUAAAAAAUCAACAAUUGUAUCAUGUAUCUCAAUUCUUUCAAUUGAGGGAGCAGAAACAGAAUUUGAAAGUCUUCUUAAGAUAUAUAAAAUUUAUAAACCAAUUCUAGAACAAAUAAACCAAAAUAGUUUAUUUCCUUAA